AUGUCUGAAGCACAAAGCAGGCCUGCGCGAGGCAGGACCACCGCCCGCGGCGGCAGAGGAGGAGGCUAUGGCUCUCGGGGAGCGCGAAACACGAAUGGCGACAGCGCAUCGUCCAAGAUCGACACAUCAGCAGAGCAGGGCGAACUGGGCGAGCUCAAGAAGCGCUACUCGUCGCAAUUGACCACACUGAAGGAGCUGUUCCCCGACUGGUCUGACGCUGAUCUCGUGCUCGCCAUCGAAGAGGCUGACGGCGAUCUGGAGAGGACCAUCGAGAGGAUCAGUGAGGGCGCCGUCUCUCAAUUCAGCGAAGUCCCUAAGAAGGCCAAGGACCGAUCGCGCUCCAAAGCAACAAAGGAGAACUUUGCUCCUACAGAGUCGUCUACCAUCCGCGGCGCACGCGGCGAUGCUCCUCGACGUGGUCUUGACAGCGGCCGUGGUGGCCGUAGUCGCGGCACUGACCGGGGCCGUGGUGGCUUCCGCGGCGGACGUGGAGGUGCUGCAACUGGACCCCGCACUGCAUCGACUUCAGUGCCUACGACCGAGUCUGCUGCAUGGGACACGCCCGCAGCUGAGCCUGGAGCUUGGGACACGAAGCCUACGACGGAAGCUAGCACCGGCGCGUGGGGCGCGAAGCCAGACACCACCACCACCACCACCACCACCGAGGCUGCGAAGAAGGAGGAUGCAGUACCUGGAACUGUAUCAGAGGUCCUUCACGACCCGAAAGAGGCGGCCAAGCACCCUAUAAUCGCUGCGAAGAAGACAUGGGCCAGCAUGUUCGCGAAGCCUGCAGAGCCUACCCCGCCCAAGCCUGCGCCGAAAGCCCCAGAACCUCCUACGGAUCCCACUCCUGCCGCCGUCGAGACACCUGCCGCCGAAGUUGCACAGGAACCAGCCGUCCAGGCUGAAGAGCUGCCCAUUCCCCCAGUCGCAGACGAAGUCGACGAGCCCACGAUUAUCGCCGAUGAUGCAACCAAGACCCCAGACAAGGUCGAAGAGCCUACAGCCGAGCUCGACCUCACCCCCUCGAAGGACGAGCUCACGAAGGAGAAUGUUGAGCACCUGCCCGACGUGUCGCACCCGCCGCCCACAGAGACCGCGUUCAGCACCGUCGCCAGCUCGAAAGAUAUUGGAAGCGUUGGUGUAGCCACCCCCUUGAGCACAUCGGCUCAGGCACCUAUUGGCCGCCCUGCUGUUGGAGGAUACGCAACGACCGCACUCAAGGCGACUUCAGGGACACCACACCGCAGCGCUAGCUUUCAGAGGAGGCUCGUGGAGCAACAGGAGGCAGUUGUCAUGCCAGGGAACCACGCCGUGGAUAGAGCAGCAGUUCAGUUCGGCAGCUUGGGUCUAGGUGGCGAGGAAGAUGUCGAUGAGGAUAGGGAGGAGGCAGAGACCAGGACUCAACCCCCUCAGCACUCGCCUGUUGCACAGCCCAGGGCUUCGUUGCCCCCUGCGCCUCGCCAGGCUCCUCACGUCGAGGAGUCAGAGCCCGAGCAGACUGUCCCUACACCAAAGCAGGCCCCAGGCCUCCCCCCGGCGCCCCAGCAGCAGCAGCAGCAGCAGCAGCAGCCUCUGUCGCAGCAGUCGCCGUCCAACCCCCUUGCAUCGCAGGCGAUGCAAAACCAGGGCUCUCAGUCCAGCCAGCCCUACAACCAGUUCGGCCGCUACGGCCAACAGUCCGAGACCGCUGCAGCACCUUCUCAGAAGCCCUACGAUCCAUUCGGCCAGCAGAUCCCGUCGUCGAACCAGUACGACUACCCUGGCCAGCAGAGCCAGGCCCAGUCGCAGCCCGGCGCAUUCUCCUCCGCACCUGACAACUACUCCUCCCAGUACCUCACCUCCGAGCAACAGCGCAAUGCUUACCAGCAAUACUACCAGAAUUACGGCCAACAGACACCUAGCCAGCAGGAGGCCGGCUCUGCGCAGCAGCGCACCGGCAGUGGCUUUGGUUCCGGGCCCCAAGACUCGUUCUCCCAGGGCCAGCAGAGCCGAUACGGCGAGGCGUCGAACAGCGGACACAACACUCCCAAUCCUAGUCUGGGAAGCCAGCUUCCUUCUGGACCUGCUUCGCAAAGCCAGCAACAUCACCAGGGACACAGCCAGCAAUCGCAGCAGGGUCAGCACGGCGGUUACCCGUACAACCACCCGUAUUACGGCAGCCCCUACUACGCUAACUACAUGAACCAAUUCGGGGGUUACGGCCAGCAGCAAGGCUAUGGCAGCUUCGGAAAGGGCAUGUACGGUCAGCCCCACCACUACGGAAUGUCUCCUCAGGCUUCCUACGAUCAGCACUCAUCUUCCCCGGCUAAUGUGGGGGGCUUUGGAGCAUCUUCCAACGACCGUGGAAGCGGCUUUGGUGGUCUUGGCGACUACGGCCGUUCAGCCUCCGGCAUGGGUCAAAACCACAGCGCCACAGGUGGUUCCAGUGGAUUCGGCGGCCUUCCAGAUACAUUCAGCCGACCUGGAUACACAGGUCAGAGCUCAUAUGGCCAGCAGCAGAGCGGGCAGCAGGGUGGUGAUGACUCUUUGAAGGGCUUCGGUGACUCGAAGAGCACUGGACCCAGCCAGUCCGCCUUGGGAGCUCAGCAGGGCCGUCCCGGGUCAGCGACUCAGGGCACCCCUAGCCAAAGCGCUCAGGGUCUGCACCAGCAGCAGUCUCACCAGCAGGGCUUCGGCGGUUACCCCAGCCACCUUGGCGGAAACAGCCAGUACGGUGGACUUGGUGGACUGGGUCACCAGCAGGGCGGCAACCAGCAGCACCAGCAGAGCGGCUACGGCAACUAUGGUGGAUUCGGUGGCGGCUACGGCGGUGGAAGCUACAACAGCCGUGGUGGCUGGGGCACCAACUACGGCCAGCACUAG